GGAGUCUGGGCAGGCCCGUAUUGGCCAAGCUCGGUGCGCGCGGGGUCUGCUGGGAGAGCGCGUCCCCGCCGCGGCUCCGCCAGUUUGAACUUGGCGGGCCCGAUGUGGGCGGCGGGGCGGUGGAGGGCUACUUCUCUCUCUCCCUACACCUGGUUCUCCGCCGACUGCAGACCCAGGUCUCGGCCCUCUUCGCGCUCCUUCUCCGUCCUCAUGACAGGCGCCCGGGGGGAAGGGCAGGAGGUGGUAUGCUCGCCGCCGCCGCUCAGCUGCAGCAAUUCCACCAUGUCAUUGUUGUCUCCCCUCGGCCACCAGAGCUUCCCUUUUGACAAGGACUAUGGGGGCGAGGAGGAUGGGGAAGACGUGGACGAAGAUGCCUGUGACUCAGAGGUCAAGGUGGCAAGCCUGAGAAGAAUGGAGUUACAGGGGUGCGCCAGCAGUGAGGUUGAAUCAGAAGAUAUCCAAGAAGAACAGAAGCAGGUGCGCCUACCAGAAAGCAGUCUGACACCAUGGGAGGUGUGGUUUGUUGGCAAAGAAAAAGAAGAACGUGACCGGCUGCAACAGAAAGCUCUAGAGGAAUUAAAUCAACAACUAGAAAAGAGAAAAGAAAUGGAAGAACGUGAAAAAAGAAAGAUAAUUGCUGAAGAAAAGCAUAAGGAAUGGGUUCAGAAAAAGAAUGAGCAGAAAAGAAAAGAAAGAAAACAAAAAAUUAAUAAAGAAAUGGAGGAAAAAGCAGCAAAGGAACUGGAGAAAGAACAUUUGCAAGAGAAAGCAAAAGAAAAAUAUCAAGAAUGGUUAAAGAAAAAAAAUGCUGAAGAAUGUGAGAAGAAGAAGAAAGAAAAGGAAAAAGAAAAACAACGGCAAGCUGAAUUACAGGAGAAAAAGGAAAUAGCAGAAAAAAAGUUUAAGGAAUGGUUGGAAAAUGCAAAAAAUAAACCUCGUCCAGCUGCAAAGAGCUAUGGUUAUGCCAAUGGAAAACUUACAGGUUUUUACAGUGGAAAUUCCUAUCCAGAACCAGCCUUUUAUAAUCCAAUUCCGUGGAAACCAGUUCAUAUGCCCCCUCCCAAAGAAGCUAAGGAACUAUCAGGAAAAAAGAGUAAAAGACCUGUGAUAAGUCAGCCACACAAAUCAUCAUCUCUGGUAAUUCAUAAAGCCAGAAGCAAUCUCUGCCUUGGAACUCUGUGUAAAAUACAAAGAUAGCAUAUGUGGGAAAUAGCAUGUUUUUAUUUGGAGCUAUUUAAUUUUAAAAUCAGAAAUUAUUUUUUAUCGUUCAAUCAGUGACUCAGUAUUCAAUGUGAUUAUUGACAGGUACUAAUUUUUGCAUUUGUUUAUGGAGUCCUUAGAGUUAACUGAGGAAGAUAUUUCUACUUUUUGGUUUUUUUUAACCUUUCAAAGUUAAUCUUGGCAUAUUGUUUUGCAGAAUAAGUGACUGAAUUUGUAACAAUUGUGUUUGUAUUUAGCUUGUAUUAAAACUAUAAUAAAACCAACAAUUUUUCCUGU